AUGUCUACUCUGAUGGCAAUACCGCGAGAAUUGAGAGAAGAGAUCAUUCGCUAUCUCACCCUGCCAGGAACAGUUUACACGUCCAGUGCCCAGGCGAACACGCAAGCACUUCAUCAGCCUGGUUCUAGAAAGUCGGAGGAGACAUACAUCGAUACGAGAAUCUUUCUCCCUUCACGUCCGCCAGCGAAUAUCUUGUCCACAUGUAAACAGCUGCGACAGGAAAGCCUGGAGCAUCAUGCCCACUGGCUCAACUCUUCUGCAGCAUUCGAGAUUGCCGACUCUAACGUCGGACCAGCCAACAGCACGAAGAUCGCGGAACGAUCUGGUACAGAGUUUGACGAAGCGGCUGAACGAGCUGGUGAUGAUGGUGUGACUCUUCGCUUCACCCUGGAGGUCCAGAGGGGACUGCGUGGUCCGUUCGGCUUUUUUGUACCUGUCCGCAAAGAACUGUCGCCUCGCUUCUCAGCGCUACUGCCCCUUAUGAAGUCCGCACGCAGGCUGAAGAUUGUCGUUAUUCCGGGCUUCGACUGGUGGAGCGGAGGGCCAAAGACCUCGCCAUUGGAACAGUGGAGGCAACGGAAGGCCCUUCUCAAGCGUGCCAAUGCCUACCAAGUCGGCCACACCGAACAGCCCACCCAGGCCGAAGCCAUCGAAACCGGCGAGCCCUCUCAGCCGAGAUUAGACGCCGUGUCUGUUGCUAUCGGGAAACUCCUGGAUCAGCUGCCAGCGGUUGAAGAGCUGAAACUCGAUGUUCUCAUCGCGACGGGCGACCUAUUCAGAUGGGACUUGCCAGACGCAAAGUGGGAGAAUAUUCAGCCUUGGCUAGACAGCCCUAUCAGCAUGAGCGGGGGCGGGCAACUGAUCAAGGUCUCGAGAACGCUAAUGACCAUCUGGCAUAAACCAGAGACCGAGGUCGCAAGUUGCCAGCCGUUCUAUGUACAGAAAGAGAACCGCAGCGAUAUUUCGGGCAACAAGUGGCUUGUCAAAAGGGAAGCUGGCCUGCGCGCUCCCUUGUUUGAGCAUAUUGCGCACCUGACUGUUUACGAGCUACCUGAGAUCAGUGUCAAUGAAGUCUUUGAGCGUAUUGACCCGUAA